GCCUCGCCGCCGAUCAAGGAAUUCUCCGUGCCGAUUGGUUGAUUGGCUCAUCAGAACCCACGCGGUGACCUGAGGCGGACGGCGAGCGCCUAGGGCGCGGCGAGUAGGUAUCAUGGUGCAGUACGUGCACACGCCCUGGCGAGACCGGGCCGAGCUCCUAAAGGUGCGGCGGCAAUUCUACCCCGAUCCGCCGCCUGCGGCAGAAGGCAGCGGGCCAACCGCUCUAUAUCGGGGAGCGGAGGCUGAAACCCCGCGAGAUGUGUCGCUACUACCAAAAGACGUCGCCGACGACGGCGCCAGCGGCAGGGAGCGGCGGGCCGAGGUAGAGGCAGAGAAGCAGCACGCUGUCGCGCGCGUCGCCAUGUGGAUGCAGCGUGGCGGGUGCCCCCACGUCGUCGAGUCCACCGCGCUCCUAACGGCCGCCACGCUCAACGACGCGAGCGACGCGCGCGACGCCGGUGCCCAGACGGGAUCCUCUGCGUACGCGAUCAGGGCAGCCUACUCGGCCGCGUUCAGCCGGUUCGUAACCGGCCUCCUCGACGGACAGCAAGACAAGCAGCGCAAGAUGAGCAUGUACUCGGUGGCCAAGACCAUCGCGCUGCCAGCCACGUUCGUCGAGCUGCGGCACCAGGCCACGCACGAGCAGCUGCCCUCGCUGUCCAAGCUGCGCGCGGCGGCCCGCGCGGCGCUCGCCUGGAUGUGGGACUACUACUGGAAGAACCUCACGGAUGGCAGCGCCGACGGCGUCCCCGGACAGAAGACGGCGCCCGCCUGCCGGGACCUGCUGCUGCGGUGUCUGGAAAAGGAGGACGAGGAAGCGGCGGGAGCGCUGCGCCGGCAGCUGGGGCGGUGGGACGAGAGCGUCGUCCUACAGAAUCUAGCCGAGAUCGCGGACGCCUCCGAGGACCCUCGCAUCAUCGCCCGGUCGCUGCGGCUGUCCCGGGCACUAUUAGACGAGGGAUUUCCCUCCUUGCUGGGGACGGACGUGGACGCGGCGGAGCGCCCGGCGGGACCGCCGAACGGGAGGAAGGACCUGGAUGCCGUCAGGGCGGAGCUCGAGACGUCGAGUCGAGAGCUCGAGGAGGCGGCGGCGGCCGAGGUUGAUAGUACGGCGGCGCGGGCCGUCGAGAAGAAGGACGCGCCCCCGACGCCGGCGAGCCAGGUAAGAGGGUGGUCAAAGUACGAAGGCACGUGGAAGCCGAAGCCGAUCGGCGUCGUGUAGGCGGGAGAGGGACGGAUACGGACGCGUGCGUAUGAGGAGUAUAUUAUGUAUAUACGCAUAUCUACAUAUCUGUUCGUGUCUCCCUUGACCAAUUACCCAUACACCUUGGUUACCUUUCGCCGCAAUCCUUCAUAACUACACCGAAAUUAUACUCCAUUUACCUUUCGCUAUAAUCCCUGUAACGAUGGUAUCGAUCGUCGCUCUGUUCAGUGAUGGCUCACAAAUGGAACAUCAUUCGGACUAACCCCAUCGGA